AUGACCCCAUGUAUGCUCUCACUACUCGAAUCCACUCAAUUUCAUAAUCCAAACGGAGUGGUCCUUGCUACUUUGAUUCAACUUAUCAACAGACGCUUAUUUGAUAUAAGUGAAAUCGCAUGUGUAUCACGCUCCCUAUUUGAAGCAUCCAUCGGUACAUAUGGGAUUUGCUCAUCAGAUGAAUACCAUUUAAUGCACAUUUAUGGAUUCUACAUGGGCAAUGCUAAAAAUGGUGGCAAAUACAUACUUAUAUCCAAUGACUCUCAACUAUUCAGUGCUUGCGGUCUACUUUUGCAUAGAAUCUCAUCCAGACACCUUAAGCCUAGUGUCAAACAUGCAAUACUUAUUGCGUCAUUUUUAAUACUGUGUAUUCAACCAAAUGCAGUAAAGGUUUACCAGCACAUUUUUAAGCUGAUUAUACAUGGCGCUGUUAAACUGCUAGUGAAAGUGCACCAUGUGAUAAAUGUCAUAGUUAGUUAUUACCCUAAAAACGCUCACGUGUGGAUUUUAAAGGAAGUGUUGCUACAUAGGGCUGUAAAAAUGGUUAGAAAGAAUCCAUUUUUCCCCACUUUGAGACUCAGGUGGCUCAUAAUCAACGAUUUGAAACUAAAUUGUGCCAAUCCAGAUGCAAAAUUAUACAGAAAAAUUGCUCAAAGUUUGUCAAUCAUGUUGCCUAUUGCGUGUGGCUUUAACGUUUGA